AUGAAAUGUUCUCUUCCUUCCAUUCUGUUGCAUUGAUUUCUCUCCAUCUUCUUCAUUCUUUGGUUAUACUUUUGCAUUGAUGGUGCAUUGCUUACAACAACCAUCACAAUGUCAACUGGAUUUUCCAUCCACAAGAUGAUGAUGGAUCGUUAUUCGAUAGCUGUUUUUAUGAUGAUUUCAUUUCUUGUUGGAGUCUUGAAUGCAAGUGAGGGUGAUUCUGAUUUACAUUACAGGUCUUGUCUGGCAGAAUGUGAGGAAACCGGAUGUGUUGGAGAUCAAUGCUUUCGACACUGCAACUUUCCUUCUAAUGGGGUUCUCGUUGAUGGUCCAUGGUAUAUGAAAGAACCACUUUACUUGAAGUGGAAACAAUGGGAAUGCGAAAGUGAUUGUCGUUACGCUUGCAUGAUCGACAGAGAGAAAGAAAGAGAAGAACGUGGUGAAGAACCUAUCAAGUAUCAUGGUAAAUGGCCCUUCAAGCGAGUUCUCGGAAUUCAGGAACCAGCUUCUGUUGCUUUCUCCGCACUCAACCUUGCAAUGCAUCUUCAUGGUUGGCUAUCCUUUGUCAACCUUCUUUACUACAACUUGCCUUUAAACCAAGAUAAGAAGGCGUACUACGAAUUUGCAAGUUUGUGCCACGUAUACGCCAUCUUGGCGAUGAAUUCAUGGUUUUGGAGCAUUGUUUUCCAUACUCGCGAAGUGGAUUUAACAGAAUCUUUAGACUAUUCAUCUGCUGUGGCACUACUUGGUUACUCUCUUAUUCUAUCUAUACUUAGAAGCUUUAAUGUGAGAGAUGAGGCUGCUAGGGUCAUGGUUGCUGCUCCAUUUCUCGCCUUUUUCACUACACAUAUUUUGUACCUCAACUUCUAUAACCUCGACUACGGGUGGAACAUGAAAGUUUGUGCAAUAAUGGGGGUUGCUCAAUUUCUGGUAUGGGCAAUUUGGGCCGGCGUGACUCGCCAUCCAUCACGGUGGAAGCUGUGGACGGUGGUCUUCGGAAGUGGCCUUGCAAUGCUUUUGGAGAUCUAUGAUUUCCCUCCUCAUUAUGGAGUGUUUGAUGCUCAUUCUUUAUGGCAUGGCACAACUGUUCCACUCACCUUCCUAUGGUGGAGUUUCAUUAGAGACGAUGCCGAGAUUCGAACUUUAGACUUCAUUAAGAAGAUUAAGUGACAUAUUUAUCUUAUUAAUUGGUUUUAAGUUUUUUAACUUUGUUUUUAUGUUUUCCCUAUUUGGAUGAUUUUAGAGCAUAAAUUUUGAUGGAAUUAUGCUACAAUUAUAUUUUUUUAAAAAGAAAAUUA